AUGGAAGAUUAAGUUAAGAGAUUGUAAAGUCUCGUUGAUCACUUCUAGAGAAGGAGUAAGAUAAACAACUCUAAACUUGAAACUGAAUGCUAUGAAGUGUUUUCUGAAUGUGUAAUAAUUGUACAGAAAGAAAUCAGCAUUGAGUUUGGGAAUAUCAUGGACAAAUUAUUUAAUCUCGUUAGAGAAAUGUUGGAAGCAGCCCAAUCUCAAAUCAAACCCCAUCCUGAACCCAAAUAAAUUUUGUUGACUCCUUAGAUCCCUGAAUUUAUCAAUGCACUCCAAUUAGGAAGUGUUAACAUUUUCGACUCUUUGGGGACAUCAAAACAAAUCAAAAAUUAUCAACAAAUCCCUUGGAGUGAUUAUAAAUCCAAAGGUUAAGGGACCAAACCUUUAAGAACCUAUCAAGAUGUAGGUACUAGCACUAUCAUUGACUAUUAUUAAAAUUGUUAGAAUGCAUCAAACGAUCUUUUGAGAAAAGAAGAGGAAAUGAGAGAAUGGUUAGAAUUCACUAAUGAAACCAUCUCUAUGUUAAGUGAUGCCUUGGCUAAUAAAAAAUAAUUAGAUAUUGAGUUUCAGGGUAAGCCAGAGCAAUUGGAUUUAGUUAUAUCAGACAUUCAAUUUAAAAAGCUCAACUUGGAAUAGCUAUUGAAGUCAGUGAAUUUGGAGAAUCAAGGUGUUCAAAAUUAUGAUCACGCUGUUUAGUUGCUUCUAUAACAUAUCCAUCAUAUCUAAUAGUAGACAGCAGUCGCUAUAAUUCAUAGAUUUAAGUAAAAACAUUAAGAGAAGGAAAAGCAAUAGUAAAUGAUAAAUGAAAUGAAGGGAAAGUAAAAGAAAAAACCAAAUAAAAAUAAAGACGAUUGUCGUUGUUCAUAAUAUGUGAAUGAAAUUAUGGCAUUAAAAAACAAACUAGAAUAGAUACAAAAUGAAAUUUAGAAAAAGGAUAACCAAUUAUUAGAUCUCUAAAUAAUUAAUAAUUAGAAAGAGAUGCAAUGCAAAAUAAUGCAAGGGUAGCUCUAAUAACUUGAAGGUGAAAAGUCUGAAUUUAAAUAAAAAUUGGAUAAUAUGGUUAGAGAAUAUUCAAAAUUAAUUAAAAAGAAUAGUGACAAUGAAAGGGGGUAAGUUUCAUCUAGCAGCAAUGAUGAAAUCUUAGGAAACGCAGGAUAAUUAUAUCCAAGAACCACAAGCAGAGAAUUAUCUUUAUAAUAAUCAUAAAAAUAAUAAAACCAUUUAACCCCAAAAGACAAUUUCAUAAUUUAAAAGAAGACUUAACAAAUGGAAAGACUAGUUAAAUUGGUUAAUGUUUUAGAUGGAAACAAUCAAACAAGAAGAUUAAGUUAGAUGCAAUUUAUUUUGGAAUAAAGAGCUAGUUCUCAAAUACAUGAAUUGGCUGAUUUGAUUAAGGAUAUUGAAGAAAAUGAUUUAUUAUAAAAUGACAAUAUAGACAACAGUUAAAUUUCAAACAAUAUAGAUCCAACAUUAUCAAUGAGAAACUUAGAGAAUAAAUCUAAACAGAAUAUUCUUAGCAAUAAUUAAUUGCAGAGUUCUUUUGAAAUUGAAACCAGUAAUGAUAAACCUGCAAUCAAAGUCAGUAUGCCAACGGAAUAAUAAUCAUAUUAGUAAUAAAUUCCAAGUAGUAGAAACAUGUCUUCUGCUAGCAGUAAUUAAAAAAAGAAAGACUCCUUAGGAUAAUUAACUAAUCAAAUGGAUUUUCUAAAGACUGGAAACUCUGGAAACGUAUCCUCUCUAAAUUAAUUGUCCCCUCAUUACCCACUAUCUAAAGCAAAGUCAUCCUAAAAUAUCAACAGAUAGAGUUCUAUUAAAUCAGAAAAAAAGUAAUAAAAAGUAAAAUAAAGCGACUUAAAUUUAAAGGAUUAAUAAGUUUAGACUGAUUUAACAAUGAUGUCAAUUCUAUUUUAGACUGAAAAGCAUUGUAAUUCCCUAUAAGAAAAUGAGUAAAUCGAUAAUUAAUAGCUAUAACAAUAAAGAUCCAAUAGUAAGGUGAAUUUGUAACAUUAGUUGACUACAAGUAGUACCUUUAAUUUCAAUUCUGCUGGAACCAUGGGAUAAGGAAACUUUAAUUCCCCAGUUCAAUCAACCACCAAUUCCAACCUACCAUCUCCUCGAAAUCAAUAGUCAUGUCAUCAGACAAAUGUAUUCCCCUCUCCAUCAUCAUCAAUACACAAAACCAAAAUGCAAAGUUUGAAACUUGAGUAGGAAUAAAAUUCAACUUAAAUUUAGAAUAGUCAAUUCAAAGAACAAAGGAAUAUAUAGAGGAGAAAAUCUUUGAAAUAAAAAAUCUACGACUUAUAGGAGGAGAAACAUUUGAAUUAGCAACAUAGAAGGAUGUACACAACAAUAGCUACACAAUCCUAAACCACUUCUCCUCGUGAAUAUUACACUCCUAGGAAUAAAACAAAGGAUGAUCUAGUUUUAAAUAAAUUGUAAUAGGAGUAGGAAGAAAAAGAGGAGGAAGAAAAACUGUUCUAUGAUCAAAUGAUAAAUGAGACACCUGAGCAGAACGAAUAGGAAAUUAUUCAAAAGGCAAUCAACAGGACUCCAGGAUACGAGUUGGGUUAAGAAGUGGAUGAUAAAAUUAUGGAGACCAUGUUUGGAAAUCUAAAUAAGGCUCCAGAUAUUGUGGAGAUGAUUAUCCAACAAAGUAAGAAUGGCUAGUUGAAUUUUAGUGAGUUCAAAAGAUUUGUGAAUAAGAUGUAAGCAUUCCAUAAGAGAUGUGGUAGAGAUUGUAAUCAUUUAAUGCGAUUUUAUUUGAGACUGGGGUUCGUGUCGAUGAAGUACCUAAAUAAGAGGAAGAUGUUAAAAUUGGGCAAGCCGAAGGUUCUCCCUGGUUUCAAAUGA